AUGGAAUUUACUUUAUUUAUAGACUAUAACUGGGUCGCCUUGACUGAUUAAAACCCGCCCCUCUCCUCCCUCGGAGAAUAUUUAAAGCUAGAUAGGAAGUACACCAGCAAAUGAAAUUUUUUCUGAUUUUUUUCUUGCCUGUUAAAUUUAAGCAAAGUGCGAGUGGCUUACUUCUGGCUACAGGUGUGGCUGCGAGAGGUUUGGACAUACCAGCUGUUGAGCAUGUAAUUCACUAUCAGGUUCCGAAGGACCUUGAUGUAAGUACGUGUAAGUAUGUGUGUACGGUUGGUUAGCUUGUGCAGUUGGUUAGCCUGUGCGGCAGGCGGGAACGGGAGCGAUUGCUUUUUGGCGGCAGUGCUUUCAUUCUCCUCAAAACUCUACCCUGACAAAAGGCUUCGGAAGUCACGCUGCUUCAACCAACCAUGCGCGUUGACCAAGGUGUGGGCUACAAGUCUCAACUGUAAGAGAAGCUCAGCCAGAAACCUCUAAAUUUAUUUUAUUGCAUUUAUUUACUUAUAACUAAAUCUUCAUUUUCUAAAUCUUUGUUUUGUUUCCGAUUUGAGUUAAUGUGUGAGGUUUACCUACCGAAAUCAAAAUGUAAUUCAUUUAAGUUAAUGAGUUUUGAUUUAGGAAAAAAAAUUGACUCUGUUCUCCAAAUGCAGUUUAUAUGAGAGGAGCAGCUUGUCAUUGUGUCAAUAACGUACUGGUUUAUUCACAAAUAUCUCCAAAUGUUCAAAGUCCGUACGGCCACGGACCACAAAAAUAUAACACAGUUGCACAAUCCGAGGCACACAGUGAAAACUCACAAUCGACACGUUCCUUGUUUACAUAAAGGCGAUGCCAGUGGUUUUCUGCAAAAAAUAUAAAUGUCCAAUGUCUUAUAUGUUCUUCAAAACGUUUACAAAUGUCCACAAAUGUCCACUUACCGAACUGUAUGGCCUCUCGGUUUAAAAUAAACGAAGUAAGCUCUGUAAACUCCGUAUUUAACAACAAAUAAAUCUGGCACUUGAAAGCACUUGGCGAAUACAACAAGAUUGCUCGCGUGGUCACGUGACCGCAAAAAUGACAAAAUCCUACUCAGGGGAGUCGGGAGUGACACAUUGUUUAUCGUCCUCAGUUGUAUCUCAUUUAAUAGUGAACUGUUGUGUAAUGAUCUAACCACAAUGUAAGUAUUAACUUUAGCGCAACCAUCUCAUGUGAUCCUGCGUUCCUAAAUUCUUUCUCUGUGUUCGUUAACAGCUUUACAUUCACCGCAAUGGACGGACAGCUAGAGUAAGCAGGGAAGGUCUGAGUGUCGUUCUUGUUGGCCCCAGAGGAAGUGGGAUCAUACAAGAAAAUUAUGAAGACGCUUAA